UGGAGAUGAUGAUAGUGGAAGUGAUGGUGGUGGAGAGGAUGGUGGUGGUGUUCAUACUGGAGGUGGUGAUGGAGACAGUGAAGGUAAUGAUGAUGGUGGUGGUGAUGAUUGUGGAGGUGAUGGUGAUGAUGGUGGUGGUGGUGAUAGUGGAGGUGAUGAUAGUUUUGGAGAUGAUAGUGGAAGUGAUGGUGGUGGUGGUGAUAGUGGUGAUGAUGGUAGUGAUACUGGAGGUGAUGAUGGUGGUGGUGGUAAUGGUGGUGACAAUGGAGGUGAUGAUCGUGGUGGUGGUGAUACUGAAAGUGAUGAUGAUGUUAGAGGUGAUCACGCAGAUGAUGAUAGUGGAAGUGAUGGUGGUGGAGAGGAUGGUGGUGGUGUUCAUACUGGAGGUGGUGAUGGAGACAGUGAAGGUAAUGAUGAUGGUGGUGGUGAUGAUUGUGGAGGUGAUGGUGAUGAUGGUGGUGGUGGUGAUAGUGGAGGUGAUGAUAGUUUUGGAGAUGAUAGUGGAAGUGAUGGUGGUGGUGGUGAUAGUGGUGAUGAUGGUAGUGAUACUGGAGGUGAUGAUGGUGGUGGUGGUAAUGGUGGUGACAAUGGAGGUGAUGAUCGUGGUGGUGGUGAUACUGAAAGUGAUGAUGAUGUUAGAGGUGAUCACGCAG